ACGGAGUUCAUCUUGUCUCACAAUUACUUCCGACUUGUAGGCUUCGGUGGCCAAGUCGACUUCCUGCGUGGAGCCGCCAUUAGUACCGAUGGUAAAGGCCUUCCGAUCAUUGCCCUCACCUCGACAACAAACAAAGGAGAGUCCAAGAUAGUUCCUUUCCUAAAACAGGGUGCUGGUGUUGUGACUACUCGAGCUCAUGUUCACUACGUUGUGACAGAGCACGGUAUUGCCUACCUGUACGGCAAGAGUUUGAGGCAACGGGCCUACCAUCUAAUUAACAUUGCCGACCCAAAACACCGCGAGGAGCUGGAGAAGGGAGCCUUCAAAGUCUUGAAAUGCAUGCCGUCAGCUGACUAA